UUUUUCUUUUUUAAUACUUUUGCUUUAUCGUUUGGUCCACACACAUCAUCUUACUUCAUCAAACGACCUUUUUUCAUUGGGAAGAGACAUAAGACUGGGCAUACAGAAACCGACAGUUCUAAAAAGACAAAAAGAAAAAAGAAAACGAUGUCCAUUUUAGACGGUCAACGAGAGUACGGGAGCUCAUUCCCAGUUCCAACAGACAUCAGCUCCAUUGUUCCGGGGACGAUUUUUCAGGACGAUGUCCCGCCGCCGACUUUUAUUGAUGGAUCGUAUGACCCACCAACACCGCAACAGCAAUACCCACCUUCAUCUUCAUUGUUCAGAGCAACGCCUACAGGGUCAUCCACGGGAAACGGGGAUAAGCAUGUGCAGAUUGAGGUCAACUCGACGACCCAGACGGUUCUUAUUUCGCUGGGGGUUUGCGUUGGAGUGUUGUUCUUGCUGGGCGUGCUCGCGACGCAUUACAUCUCACACAAGAACAAGAGGGCGGAGAAGAAGAAGAAAAGGGCUUUGGAAGGAGAUGGAGCAGGAGCAGAAGCAGAGGGAGAGAGAGAAGGAGCCAAGUGGGAGAAGGCAAGAGGAUUCGGUACAGAAAGCGGCGGCAUCGGUUUAGAGUCGCAGCGCGGUUCUGAGGUCAGGAUAUCAGAUUUAGAGACGGUGUUGAUCGACGAGAAAGAUGGCGGUGUGGGUACGAGACUUGAGAAGGGCAAGAAUCCUAGGAAGACCUCUGUUCCGACCCUGGCUAACUGUACGCAAAGUCCGAAACAAAGCAACAUAAUUGGAGCCGUCGGAAUGGCGGUUGGUGGCGGUGGCCAUGCUGGCACGGGCUCGUUUCAGAUGGGUGCGUCAGGACCACGCGGGGAAGGGGGUGUUAACCCACGCAACUCGUUUAUGGACGCCACACAGGUCUUUACGCGUCGACCGAGUAUUACACGGACGCCUUCGGCACCGAUUGCGCCAUUGAGGGCAGCGACGCCGAGGUAUAGCCACGAGCAUCCUCAUCAGGGCGUAAAUUUGCAGAUUGGGAUCUAUCCGAACGAUGCAGCGCUCCUGGGAUCCGGUUUCUCACAGGAGCUGACGAGUCCCAUGUUCCCGAUAUCACCUUCGAGUCUUGGGACCGAGCAUAUGGACUUUAACCCGUUCGCGUCGCCGCCGCCCUCGGCAGGAUCCAAAUCGAGUCUCUUUCUGGAUCCGUUCCGGACCCAUAAUAAUAGUCAGCUUAGUCUGAAUCUGAUCAUGACGAACGACGACAGCGCCGUGCUCGCAGAGGAUGAUGGCCCUUACCCAUUUCCUACGGCAUCAGCUUCAGACAGCGACACCAAGCCUAACUCGUUUUCUCCUGACGGACUCUCCUCCUCGUCCCCCACCGGUGCUCCACCUCUACCUCCCCGGUCUCUCGACGACCUCUCGGAACCGAAGCUCGUUCUACGGCACUUCCAGUCCUCGAUCUCAGCCGACCACCGCUACACACUCAUGCGUACAAGCUCAAACACCUCAUCUGACUCGCCACCGCACGGCGUCUUUGGCCCCUCCUUUCUUAGUUCCCCCGCGACACGACCCGGGGUCGAGCGACAAGCUGGGUUCAGUCCAGGCGUGGCCGACCGACGAUCGAUUGCCGGGAGCGUUGUGACACCAACACCAACAGCCGAAUGCUAUUCUCCGGGUGGAUCCAUUAACGAGGGCAAUGCCUGGUAUCGCCGACGUGCAAGUGUGAUCAUACCAGAGAGUGGGAGUGCUCAUGUGCGCCUCUGGAAGGAUGGAGAGAGUUCGCCUAGGAUCGCGAAUCGGUCCAGUCGGUCCGAAUCCCAGUCUUCAUCGCAUUCAGACCAUUCUCAUGAGUCGUCCAUAGGGCCUUCACCCCUGGGACAGAGCCGGGCGCAAAAGGAUACAGACGCCGUGUCGCAGGAUCCACCGCAACAGCAGCAACAGGAAUUGAUCACGCAGGAGCAGGACAAGUUGAAGAGUGGUCGAGACGAGGAGGAGAAUGGGCUCUUGCGCAAGACGACACGCAACGGUGCUGCAGUAUUUGAGGGAACCCAGAGUAACAAGGGUAGCGGUAUCUCAAGGUCACCUUCGCCUGCACCAGUAGUUGUGGAACCAGGGCAGGAGUCGUCGAGUGACGUGGCAGAUAGGACCAAGAGUGAGCAGGAGGAGGUUGAUCAGGUCGUGGUGAGGUUGCGUACGCCUCGACGCGAAAGCCAUACCGGUAGUACACAUGGCAAUCGACGCAGUUACCUGGAUGACUACCGUGAACAGCAACAGCAACAGCAACAGCAGCAACAACCACGGCAACACUAACAGCAAUCAAAGUAAUCGAUCGAGUCCACGACAAUAAAUAUAUUUUAGAAUAACUUAAUAUGAUUCAU